AUGCUGCUCUUUGUGUUCCUCCUGUGUGUGGCCCCUUGUAGACUGGAGAUCCAGAGACCUUCCCCGGCCUGUAAUCUGGAUCUUCUUAGAGCCUUUGAUGAUUAUGAAUAUGUGCAGGACGGAGACAUCAUCAUUGGAGGGGUUUUCACUGUCAACCAUUUUAUGACAGCACUGGAGACAGAAGGAGAUUAUGUUAACAGUGUGAUGUUAUGUUUAAGGCCCAUGCCUCCAUAUUACAGGUAUUUUCUGACUAUCCGUUUUGCCAUUGAUGAAAUUAAUAAAGAUCCAACAAUUUUACCAAAUAUGACCCUGGGAUAUCAUAUGUAUGAUUCAUGUGCUGACAAUAGGAAAGCUGUGAAAAGUGUCUUACAGAUCCUAUCUGGACCAGGACAGACAGUGCCAAAUUAUUCCUGUAGGAAAUACGGCAACUUAGCUGGUUUUAUUGGGGACCAAAACUCUGUAACCACAGUGAACAUUGCACACAUACUGGCUUUGUAUAGAUACACGCAGGUCAGUUAUGGUGCAACCAGUGAUAUUCUCAGUAACAGAAAUACCUACCCAACAUUUUUCCGGACGGUUCAAAGUAACCAGGCCAUUUUUUUCAUAUUAUCGGGUCUUCUCCAAUACUUUGGCUGGACAUGGAUUGGAGUUAUAUCUUCUGAUGAUGACAGUGGUAAUGAGGAAACCCAACUUCUGACCCAAUAUCUAACCAUUAAGAGUAUUUGUGUUGCCUACAUGAUCAAGAUAAAGCCAGGCAUUAUGAGUGUUACAGAGAACAUUUUUAGAAAUAGCAUUGAGAUCAUUAGAAAGUCAUCUGCUCAGGUUAUACUUCUUUGUGGGACGUUUUCUUCAUUUAUGGCUGAUCUCUUAAAAGAAGUAAGCCAUGUGCUCUGUGAUAAGACAUUCGUGUUUGGACCAGUAUUUGCCUCUAAAACAUUUCUUGUGGAACAUUACAGAGAAGCCCUUGAUGGGAGUUUGGCCGUAGAAUUUUAUAAUCUGCCUGUUCCUGAUAUGAAGAGUUUCUAUGACAGUUUUCAGUAUGAACAUAGAGAAAAGCAAGCAUAUCUUGUGAAUACUUGUAGACAAUUUCAUCAUUUGCAGAUCCCGAAGUCUCAGUGUUCGGAGAACUGUUUGCCAGGAACCAGGAAAGUCCCGAGGUCUGGAAUCCAUGCCUGCUGCUAUGACUGUGUCCAUUGCUCUGAGGGGGAGAUAUCCAAUGUCAGCGACAGUGAAAACUGCCAGCAAUGCAGAUAUGAUGAAUGGCCCAAUGAGAAGAAGGAUCGGUGUGUCCUGAAACGGCUGGAUUUCCUGUCUUACUCUGAUGAUCUUAUAGGAAUGGUCUUUGCCUCAUCUUCCUCCAUUCUUUUUGCUAUGACUGGACUGAUAUUACUAGUUUUUAUUUCACACCAAGACACGGCCAUUGUAAGAGCCAACAACAGGAACCUGAGCUUCACCCUUCUGGUCUCCAUCAUGCUGAGCUUCCUUUGUGUGUUCUUCUUCCUUGGACGUCCUGCUGAUAUAUCCUGCUUGUUACGCCAAGUCUCAUUUGGAAUCCUUUUCACAAUUGCCAUCUCUUCUAUCCUUGCAAAAACUAUAAUGGUUUAUGUAGUUUUUAAGGCCAGUAAGCCUGGCAGUCUGUUGCAACACUGGAUCGGAACCAGAUUUACUAACAGCGUAGUCGUUUUAUGUUCAUCCAUUCAAGUUUUAAUUUGUAUCAUCUGGUUGUCUGUUUCUCCUCCCUUCCAGGAUCUGGACACCUCUUCUUAUCAGGACAAGAUCAUUGUUCAGUGUAAUGAAGGGUCAGCUGUUGGGUUUUAUUCUGUUCUUGGUUACAUGGGGUUUCUGGCAGCUGUGAGUUUUGUUCUGGCUUUCAUGGUGAGGACAUUACCGGACAGUUUUAAUGAGGCCAAGUACAUCACCUUCAGCAUGCUGGUGUUCUGCAGUGUGUGGAUUGCCAUGAUCCCGGCCUAUCUGAGCACCAGAGGGAAGUACAUGGUGGCUGUAGAGAUAUUCACCAUACUGAGCUCCAGUGCCGGAGUCUUAGGUUGUAUAUUUCUCCCCAAAUGUUACAUUAUCUUAUGGAGACCGGAACUGAACAUUAAAUCUUAUUUAUUGGAGAAAAGAAGUCAAUAAAAAAAAGCAGCAUUAUCGCUUAAAGCUGAGUUCCAGGGAAAUCAAACAUUUCUCUCAUAGUAGAGCUGCCCCCCACACUGCAACUU